AUGGUGUCCAUCACGAUGUCGACCACGAGCGCAUUCAUCUCUUCCCCGACGACUUUGAAGUUGAGAAAGAAGUCUAAUACUAAUAAAAGAAGUAACAACAGUCUUUUGAAGAUAGCGAAAGCGAUUUCGGUCGCCGACGUGACCGGUCCGGUGAAAGAGACGAUAAAAGAUGUGCAAUCCGUGGAGGGAUUGAAGAAACUCUCGAUUCGGGUGUCGAAAUAUGCGCCGGCGACGAUCAUGAGCGCGGGUUCAUUUGGCGCGUUCCCGACGAUGGGCGCGUGCAUGGCGGCGUGCGGGUUAGGCGCGGUUGGAGGCCCGUUGGCGCCGUUAGCCGGACCUCUUUUGUUUUCCCAGGCUGGUGCAGCGGCGAGCGUUGCCGCCGGGGUCGCCGGGAUUUUCGGGAUUGGCGGGGACGUUCCCGCGUAUUUGCACUCGUUGAUCUUUCUCGUCGCCGCGGCGGCGGUGUGGCAAUACAGCGCCGUCGGCGCGGCGUCGACGUUGGCGGUCAACGCGUUCGCGUUUCACUACGCGCACAUGACGACUAUUUUGAGCAACUGUAAGGAUGUUACGAAGAGAAUUCCGUACACUCUUAUGAAUUCGGUGAAGAAAAUUGCGUUGGUUGGACCCGGUUUGGUCAUGGCAAUGAUGCAGCUCUUGCCGAGAGCGAUGGAGUUUGAAACCUUCGCCAAGAUUGGUUUCGCGCCGCCUGGACUCCUCGGACCGAUUGGUGGGUUCUUUUUACACCCGAUCGUGCCAUGGAUAAUCGCCAUCGCCUCGUUGGUGUGGUUAACCGAAGGGGAGAAGAAGAUUACUUCGUUUAUCCUCGGCUUGGGGUAUUUGAUUCCGGGUAUUUCGUAUUGUCCGACCAUGUUGGCGCCGUACGGUCUCGCGCUCAUGUUCAUGCACUUGUUCUUGGGAUUGCAGCUUUUACAGGAAGUCACUCCUUAUGGAAGUUUGAUUCCUAACCCUCUUUAA